AUGCCGAUCCGCGGCACUAGCCCAUCUGCUCCGGAUUUCUCGACAACGCCUUACAUGUGUCCUGUGCCGUUGCGGCACACCUUCUCACCGGGAUGUGUUUCCCUUUCCGUCCUCAGCCUGUUCCAGUGGUUCGACACGGCUCCCAGCCGCACCUGCCCGCAGUGCAGGAUCCAGGUCAGCAAAAGGCACAUAAUCAGUAAGCUGUUCUUUGAUGUUGCCCUGGAUGAGCAGACAGCACUGGAUGCAGAGUCCUUGCAGAAUGAACUGGACAAGGUGAAGGCUCAGCUCUCCAUGAAAGAGAAAGAGAAGAGGGAAUGCCAGGCCAUCGUGGAUGGGCUGCGGGACACUCUGGAUGUACGCAAUGCCAUGAUAGAGUCUCUCCAGAAGGUGCUGGGAGAGACAGAGAUGCUGUGUUCCUCUCUCAAGAAACAGAUGAAAUUCCUGGAGCAGCAGCAGGAGGAUAACAGAAGUUCAAAGGAAGAGGUCCGCCAUCUGCGAAACAAGCUGAGAACCAUGGAGCGGAUUGAAUUGUUGCUUCAGAGCCAGCGCCCCGAAGUGGAGGAGAUGAUCAGAGAGAUGGGAGUUGGGCAGGCAGCAGUGGAGCAGCUUGCAGUCUACUGCGUAUCACUGAAGAAGGAAUAUGAGAACUUGAAGGAGGCUCGGAAGAUCUCAAGUGAGAUGACAGAGAAGCAGAAGAAGGAGCUAUUCUCUGUCAACAGUAAGCUUCAGAAAACAGUUUCAGAGUUGGAGAAGACAAAGGAGGAGUUAAAGAGCACCCAGAAGGAUCUGAAGAAUGCAGACAAGGAGAUCUUGAGUCUGAAGAAGAAGAUAGACAUACUGCAGGACACUCUGAAAGUGCCAUCUGUAACCAGAGAGACACUCAGCCGGCUAGUCUUUGAAAGCCCAACUCCUGUGGAACUGCAGCACCCAAAACUCCACCGUCCAGCUCACAGUGAUGAGAUCAACCUAGAUGACACUUUCGAGGUGGACACCCCUGAAAAUCAUCCCUGCAGAUCUCCAUUCAGUGCUGCAAAAAAGCAGAAGCUGGAUAAAAAGCAGCUUCCUGUGGUAAAUCUGGCAAAUAAAGCUCUAAAGGAAACGGCGGAGAACUGUGGAGAUGAUUUGGAGGACAAGGCUCUUAAAGGAUUCAUGCCAGGAUUCAUCAGGAACUCAGCCUUCUCCAAGAAGCCCAUGUCGGGUAGCUUGCUGGGUCCCCACAGGAAUGUGGGCAAGGUGAGGAUGGGGUACGACGGCCUGGGAGGCAGAACCAAGUUCAUACAGCCUAUAAGCCCUACAGAGCUCCGUCCCAUACCAGUGAAGAGCAAGAGGAACGUCUCUAGGCCAGCAUCAGCUGCUGCCCCUGGACGUGCCUGCAGCAGCAGCCGGGCCAGCCUGGAUGCUUUCCUGCAGUGAAGUGCCGUGCUCCUGGGAGCAGCAGGGCUGAGUGUGCUUGCACAGAGACAGCAGGAGCCCAGCAUGGACAGCUUCAUGCCUCAUUUCAGCCCUCUAUAUCCACACCGGAAUUCAAAUGGGGAUUUCUCAUCUGCCAGCCCACUCAGAGCUCUGCAGUUGCUGCCGCUGUUGGUCUCUGCAGGUGGAGCUGCACUUCUGGGACACAGCCACGAGCUGCAGCUGCAGGAAGAGAUCAUCUCCUCGUCCAGCUUCAGCCCGGGGGGCAGCAGCUGGGAGCACGAGUGGGGAGAAGGGACCUGGAGCAGGGCAAUGCUGCAGCACUGUGCCACGCUGGGGGGUCCUGCUGUGCCUCGGGUUGGCUUGGCCAGGGGUUGGUGCUGGUGAUCCCCCCUGCAGUGCUGGGGGCGAGGCAGCUCUUCGUGCUGCAGCCCUCUCUCUUCCUGGCCCCUGUUCUGUAAAUUUUGUGUGAACUUCUGUUUUUUUAAUAUGUCUGUGGCCGUUUUGUUCUUUCAAAGCCAUUUUAAGGCUCUGAGCCUGUGUGCAGCCCCAGCUGCUGUGGUUCCGGGCUGGGUGUGAGCUGUGGCCCUGCUGCCCAUGGCUGCAGCCCCGGGUUGGUUCCAUGGCCCCGCGCUGUGUGCGGGGCAGCCGCAGGUUUUGUGUUGCAAUAAACCAAGUGCUGUGCGUUGG